UCGACUCAGGAGGAAUUUAAGAGAAAAAAAAAAAUCACAAAUUCACAAAGAAGACAAUAAUAAAAUAAGCAAGUUGGUUUUUGCGGUGAAUCAACAGGAAAAAGGGUCGCGGCUUCAGUCGGAGUUUAUCCGGGUCUCUCACUCCACAAACACCAUGGACUUGCUCUCGCUCUCAUCUCCUUUAACCCCUUCCUUGUCCUCUCUUCAUCUCAAACUUAAACAUAAACCCUCUCUCACUUUCCCAAACCCUAAGCCCUCCUUUUUGUGCUUCACACUCAAACCCCUUUCUUCAUCUGUCAAACACAAAACCACCCCUAAGUGUCUAAAAUUGUCAGCCCCUCAAGGCCCCGCCACCGCCAUGCGAGGGGCGGAGGCCGACGCUAUGGGGUUGCUGCUCAAGGAGCGCAUUGUUUUCCUAGGUAACUACAUUGAUGAUUUUGUCGCCGAUGCCAUUAUCAAUCAGUUGCUGCUUUUGGAUGCUCAGGAUCCUAAUACAGAUAUCAGACUCUUCAUCAAUUCCCCUGGUGGUUCUUUGAGUGCUACUAUGGCUAUCUAUGAUGUCAUGCAGCUUGUCCGGGCCGAUGUUUCCACGGUUGCACUUGGCAUUGCAGCAUCAACGGCUUCUAUUAUCCUUGGUGGUGGCACCAAAGGCAAGCGCCUUGCAAUGCCAAACACACGAAUAAUGAUUCAUCAACCUCUUGGAGGUGCUAGUGGACAAGUUAAAGAUGUAGAAGUCCAAGCACGGGAAAUUAUGCAUAACAAGAAUAAUGUGACGAGAAUAAUUUCUGGUUUUACUGGUCGUUCGUUUGAACAAGUCCAGAAGGAUAUUGAUAGAGAUCACUAUAUGUCUCCCAUUGAAGCAUGUGAAUAUGGAAUGAUUGAUGGAGUUAUUGAUAGAGAUAGCAUCAUUCCAUUGGUCCCUGUGCCAGAAAGAGUGAAGCCAAGACUAAACUUGGAGGAAAUGAUGAAGGAUCCAAGGAAAUUCAUCACCCCUGAUAUUCCAGAUGAUGAGAUAUACUAGCUUGGGGAAUUUGAUGCUGUUUUCGUGG